UAGGGUAAAUAAAGAAUUAAAAUAUUAAUUCUACAGAAACUUUGCCUUCUUAAAAACAAAAAAAAAUUUAAAUUUUAAUCAAGUUUACAUAUAACUUAUUUAAAAUAUUUUUGCCUCUGAUCUAAAUCAAUUUAAAAUCUGCGAAAAAAAGCAUGGAUGGUAUUCCGAAAAACUCAAAGAGAAGAAGCCAAGUGUGGAAGCAUUUUCAAAUUAAGGAUACAGAAAAGGCAAGCUGCAAUAGCUGUGGUGUACAAUUGCAUUUUAGAGGUUCAACUUUUAAUCUUAAAAGACAUCUAGAAAAUAAACAUAAAGAAAUAGAUGUCUCCCAAAUGUUAAAAAGUAAUAAACCAAAACAUGAUGAUAAAAGCAUAAAGUUUGAAAAAUAUGAUUCAGAUGAUUCAUUUUUUUGGGCUGAGGAAAAAAAUAAAUCUGAAAUUGGAGAACCUAUUGAAAACACUCAUGAUAUUGUAUUAGAAACGUCAAAUCAUUCAACAGCAAAUGAUGCUAUUGAUUCCAAGGAUGAAAUUCGUGUUGUUUCAUUUGAUUUCCAAGACUUUAAAAAUGAUUGCGACAAUUUAAAUAUUAAUGAAAACAAUAAAACAAGUAAAAAUUUUAAUUUACAAAUUGAAAGAGUUACGUUACCCCCUAAGAAAAAGAUAAAAAGGACUCCACGGGAAUUUAUUGAAGAGAAUGAAUUUAGAGAAACACAAAUAUUUGGUGAUUUUGUAGCAAGUCAAUUAAGAAUACUUAGUAAAAAAAGGAGAGAAAAAUUGCAGAUUGUAAUUCAAAAAGCUAUAUUAGAUGUUAUUUGUGAAGAUCCAUUUAUACAAACUGCUCCAUAAUUAGUUUAGUAGCUAAUCCGAACACAUGGUUGCAGAAUCAUUUGUACACAAUAUGUUAUACCAUUCAAUAUAUCAAAAUUUAAAAUGAAAAAUAAGGUAUAAGUUUUUUUGGAACACAGUUUUAUUUUGUAGUUAGAGUAUUACAUUCAAAUUUAAAUUUUGGAUCAGAAUUUGAACGUGACACAAAU